AUGACGCUGGCUGUCUAUUGUUCAUUGAGUACCCCUUCCUCUUUUCUUGAUUCAGCUCAUUUAUGCCUCCCAGAACAGAGAGCUGCCUUACUCGAAUUCAAAAACACCAUUUCUCUGGAUGAUUAUUGUGAUGAUUACCCAAGGACAAAUUCUUGGAAUGAAAGCAUGGAUUGCUGUUCAUGGGAUGGAGUCAGUUGCCACGUGGUGACUGGUCAUGUCAUUGGCAUCAACCUCAGUACCAGCUGCCUUUAUGGCACUCUCCAUGAUAACAGUAGUCUCUUCCACCUUCAAGGACUCCAACGACUCGACCUCAAUUUCAACAAACUUGAUGGCUCUCUUCUUGAAAACAGCAGCCUCUUCCACCUUCAAGGACUCCAAUGA